AUGGGUGGCAACACAUCAGCUAAAAACCUUAAUACGAUCAAGUCACUCCGAGUGUUACGUGUACUGCGUCCAUUAAAGACGAUUAACCGAGUGCCGAAGUUAAAGUAUCAUCGACAAGAACAAAAAUCAUCGACGCAUCUCACAAUGGACACGGAGCAACAGGCAUAUCACAACUACUGUAACACGCUGCUCUAUUUCAACUCAGCAUUCACCGUGAUGUUCUCUAUAGAAUGCAUGCUCAAAAUACUAGCAUUUGGACCAAAAAUGUCAGAUAAUCCUUCCGUUAGGGUCGCAGCUAUGCUUUCCAACUCAGUUAUUCCAGGACCCCUCAUAACCUCACUUGAUAUCCAGACGGAAUUUCGUGCCAACGGCUUUAUCAUAACAUUUUCUGAUCAUUUCAUUUUUGAACAAUACGAACAGAAACUUGUCAGAAUGAACAUGCCAGUAGAUGAGAACGGAUGCGUGCAAUUCACGACUACAUUAUUCGCCCUAAUACGUGAAUCACUUGCAAUUAAGACGGGUCCGACGGAGAUAAUGGAUCAGAGGGACAACGAGUUGCGUGAAACCAUAUGCCAAAUGUGGCCAGUUCGUGGACGAAAAAUGCUGAACCUCCUGGUGCCACCAGACUCUGGUAUGUAA